GGUAUCAGUAUAGUUGGUCAGAGUAACGACAGAGGAGAUGGAGGAAUUUAUAUUGGCUCCAUCAUGAAGGGCGGAGCGGUGGCAGCAGACGGACGUAUCGAGCCUGGAGACAUGUUACUGCAGGUGAACGACAUCAACUUUGAGAACAUGAGUAACGACGACGCUGUCCGAGUCCUGAGAGAGAUCGUUCACAAACCAGGUCCGGUCACCUUAACUGUGGCAAAGUGUUGGGAUCCAAACCCACGAGGCUGCUUCACACUGCCAAGGAGUGAGCCGGUACGUCCAAUCGACCCGGCAGCCUGGGUGUCGCACACCGCCGCCAUGACGGGGAGACUCCCCCCACACUACGGCGUCCAUGAAGAAAACCAUCUCAGCAUCCACAGCGAGAUGACAGCUGUUGUCAAGGCGAUGGCCAAUCGCGAGUCGGGCUUGGAGGUACGGGACCGGAUGUGGCUGAAGAUCACCAUCCCUAACGCCUUCAUUGGUUCAGAUGUGGUGGACUGGCUCCACCGUAACGUGGAAGGCUUCACUGACCGCCGCGAGGCGCGCAAGUACGCAGGAAACCUGCUGAAGGCCGGUUACAUCCGACACACCGUCAACAAGGUGACCUUCUCUGAACAGUGCUACUACGUGUUCGGAGACCUCUGUGGAGACCUGGCUGUACUGACUCUGCUGGAUCAUGAGGUUUCCAGUCGAGGGGGAUCAGACUGUGACCCGCUGGCUCCUUCAGGCCCCCAGAGGCCCCCGGUCUUCCCAUAUCAGUACCCCGGCCCUCAUCCCUACAGCUCGCCUCACCCCCCCCAUCCGCUGCCGGCCUGGGGAGCAGGAAGUCCGCACAGUGAAGGAAGUCACAGCAGCGGAUCAAACUGUAGUGACGCUCAGAAGGAGGGCGGAGGACGAGGCAGUGAAUCAGAGCUGACCAAACAGGAAGUGAGCGCUUCGCCAGACAAACAUGGUCUCCAUGGUAACAAAGACUCAGAGGAUCUCCCGCCGGCACCCUCGCCGCCUCGAGGUCAGCACCGUGACCUUCCUGCUUCUCGACAGUCCUUCUGCCUCGCCAUGGGAAACCCCGGGGAUUUCUUUGUGGAUGUCAUGUGACCUGGUUUAGAAAUGUAGCGUUUGUACUUUGAAGAAGAAGAGUCGCGAGAAACGUCUGUUUGAUUUUAAGUGUUUGAACUCAUUCAGGGAGGUUUCAUUGUUAUUUCACUAGAAAUUAAAACCACGUCAGGAGUAGAUUUAUUUAUUGUACAUCACUGUGGACCCUGGUCCAGGCCCCCCCCUGAUCCAGCCCCCCCCUGAUCCAGCCCCCCCUGAUACGUAUCCAACACAAUAUAACAGUGCAAAAGUCCAUGCAGCGAGGAGGUCGGGGUGUGGGGGUCCGCUGCCCUGUGAAUAAUUAGACCGUCUCACUGUUUAUCAUAUAAUCUGUUUUUACUCAUAUUUCUGAUUCACACAUCAUACUGACCUCCUCCUGCUGAGCACACAUUUAAUAAUGUAAAUGAAUAUAUGUAUAUAUUAUGGAGGAAGAGCUUUGAUUAUAAACAGCCAGAUUAUUGUUUUUAUUUAUGAACAUUUAUUUAUUUAUUCUGUCGUCUGUCUUCACUCUGAAGCUUUUUAAACACUCAAUAAAAAAAUGUCCAACAAAGUUUUUGUGUUGAAUUUGAGUUCAUUUUAAUUAUUGAGCAUGUUUUAUAAUAAUG